CCUGCAGAGCUUUGUCUCUAGAGCCACAAACCCACUGAAGACAGCCAAGAUGAAAAUCAUAGACAUGUCAUUCAAAGAGGGCCAUGAGCUCAAGAUCCGUGUCAAGCCCAAGGAUGACUGCGACUUCUUCUCCAUAAACAUCGGUCACGAUUCGGACAACAUCGCGCUGCACUUCAACCCACGGUUCGAUUCCGGCGGUGUCACCAACACCAUAGUCUGCAACUCCAUGUCCGGCGGUUGCUGGGGCGACGAGGAACGUGACGAAAACUUCCCUUUCUCACGCGGGGAGGAAAGCAAGUUUUACAUUAACUACAACAACGAGCAGUUUUACAUCAAGCUUCCCGACGGCUCCAUGAUGAACUUCCCCAACCGACUAGGAGACGUCAAGUACAAGUACAUUGAUGUCAUCGGUGACGCAAAGCUCAUCGGCAUCAAGAUGAAGUAGAUGUCCACCUCUGCUUGACCCUUGACCUUUGUACACUUUAGUCUGUUUUACAUUACUGAACUUAAGCGUGAUUACUCAUCUUUGCUCCACUAAAGCUUGUGAAAUAUUGGUGAUGUUGUAGUGUGAGAGAAUGGCCUACAGAGGGAGCCACAGCACAUGUUAUAUCAUUUUAUGGUCUUCACAUUUCAUCAGUAACUGGGUU